GGGCCCGAGUCGGUGAGGUCUGAGUCCGCCCGUCCUCCCGCCCGCCCUUCCUUUGUGCCUCCCGCGCCAGGAAUAACCAUGGAUAAAAGCGAGCUGGUACAGAAGGCCAAACUGGCUGAGCAGGCAGAGCGCUACGACGAUAUGGCUGCUGCCAUGAAGGCAGUCACCGAGCAAGGGCACGAGCUGUCCAAUGAAGAAAGGAAUUUACUCUCUGUUGCCUAUAAGAAUGUAGUCGGUGCCCGUCGUUCCUCCUGGCGUGUCAUUUCCAGCAUCGAACAGAAAACGGAGCGGAAUGAGAAGAAACAGCAGAUGGGAAGAGAGUAUCGUGAGAAGAUUGAGGCCGAAUUGCAGGACAUCUGCAAUGAUGUUCUGGAACUCCUAGAUAAGUACCUUAUUGUUAAUGCCACACAGCCAGAAAGCAAGGUUUUCUAUUUGAAAAUGAAAGGAGAUUACUACAGAUACCUUUCUGAGGUGGCAUCUGGAGACAAUAAGCAAACAACGGUAGGAAAUUCUCAGCAGGCAUAUCAAGAAGCAUUUGAAAUCAGCAAGAAAGAGAUGCAGCCAACACACCCUAUUCGACUUGGUCUGGCACUCAAUUUCUCUGUGUUCUACUAUGAGAUACUAAACUCGCCAGAAAAAGCCUGUAGUUUGGCAAAGACAGCAUUUGAUGAAGCGAUAGCUGAAUUGGAUACACUGAACGAAGAAUCUUACAAAGAUAGCACGUUGAUUAUGCAGCUACUUAGAGACAACCUUACUCUAUGGACAUCGGAAAACCAGGGAGAUGAAGGGGAAGCUGGGGAGGGCGAGAACUAAUGGCUGUCACGCUUCACUAUAUGUUCAAUGUCACUCUGUAUCCUACACAUUAUAUCCCUUUUGUGCGACAAGCAAAAAGAAUAGUACAUCGACUUCACAACCUCAACGUAGCAAACUGUCUGUGGGGUAAAAAAACAAUUGGUUGGUGUUCUGUGUACGUAAAAUGGAGAUCAGUUGAGCAAUGGCAUUCUGAACCUUUUCCUAUUAUGAACACUUGCAGUUAUGAUUACCGUGUUUAUAUAUAUUUUUUAACUGAACACUGUGAUUAUGGGUUUUUUGCAAUUGCAGUUGACUUUACAAAACGUGCAAUGGUGGAAGAGUAGAUGAGAAUCAUGUAAUUCCCUUGGAAAGAUUAUAAUCUGGCGUCAAAAGAGCUAAAAUUACAAAUCUGUUGUAAAGGUGUACAGAAAAAUUAUAGAGAUUAUAUUGUGACACUGCAACAUGGAAGGAAAAAACAACAACAACAACCAUAUUGUGUGGCAUUCCAGUUCAAUAGCUCACUGCUGUGAAUUUAAUGGGCACAUUUAUUCUUUUUUU